UUGUCUCUUUUGCCUCGCACCUCACUUUCUGGCCAUUGAAGGAGGGUUCUUCCUCUUCCUUGUCCCAGCCCCACAAAUCCUGGUAGAAAGUGUUGAACGGCGGGAACCGGAAGUGUGCGCAGCAGUGGCGGGUUCCCAGCGAACCGACACCGGAAGUAGCAACUGCUAGAAGAUUCCUCCGACUUUGUUAUGGCGGCGAUUCCCCCAGACUCCUGGCAGCCUCCCAACGUUUACUUGGAGACCAGCAUGGGGCUCAUUGUGCUGGAGCUGUACUGGAAGCAUGCACCAAAGACCUGCAAGAAUUUUGCUGAAUUGGCUCGGCGAGGCUACUACAACGGCACCAAGUUCCACAGAAUCAUCAAAGACUUCAUGAUCCAGGGAGGUGACCCAACAGGGACAGGUCGAGGUGGUGCAUCUAUCUAUGGCAAGCAGUUUGAAGACGAACUUCAUCCAGACCUGAAGUUCACCGGGGCUGGAAUUCUCGCCAUGGCCAAUGCAGGCCCAGACACCAACGGCAGCCAGUUCUUCAUGACCCUUGCCCCCACCCAGUGGCUUGACGGCAAGCACACCAUUUUUGGCCGAGUGUGCCAGGGUAUAGGGAUGGUGAAUCGAGUGGGCAUGGUGGAGACAAACUCCCAGGACCGCCCUGUGGAUGAUGUGAAGAUCAUCAAGGCCUACCCCUCUGGGUAACCUUGCCGCCCUCUUGGGCAUACCAGGUCCACCAUGGUGGUCCCAGCCUGCCAGCUUCCAGGUGGCCUAGAGUGACUUGUAACUCUAAACUGCAUUUUGGCCUUGCAUAUCCUGGAACUAAGGAAACCUGGGGUCUCUGGUGAGUUAGAGACGGAGUGUCUUUUAAUAGGAUGCUUCUUUUCUCUCUCCCUGGGGCCUAGGUUGUCAGGGCAUUUGCAGAAAUGCCCACAUGUUCACUUCCUCACAGGCUCCUGUGCCCUGUGAAGGCCCCCCACGUUUCCUUCGUCUCCUUCCUGUGCAUGUGUGCUCUGACACACUUGGAACAAAAUGGAGCUGACUCGGUCGUAUUACAGCUUCUCAGCAAACUUGUUCCUGGGGAGAUUCAUAUUCUGGCCCACACUGCACACUCUGGUGGCUGACAGCCACAGAAUUCAGAACCAAGUAGUGUCUAUCAGGCUUGUUAACUCUGUGCACAACCCCCUGCAGUCUCCUGCAUUUGUUCUUCCAGGAAAUAUGUGCAUCUCAUGUUUUCCUCCCCAAGCCAGAACAUCAACACUGCUGUUCGGACACUCAAACAUCCCACACAAAGCCACACUGAAUUUUUGCCAGAAGAAAAUGCAUCCAACAAUCAGGUUUCUAGGAAGGUGUCAAGUGGGGAAUGCUAAUGUGUAAUAAUUGAGAAAUGAAUUUACUAAAAGGAAGCAGAAGCAUUGACCAUUUUUUCCUUAGGAAGGAGUAGAAGUCUACCAAGCACAAGGACAGACAGACAGUGUUCUCUUAAGGACAAGCAGCACUGAGGGAUUUUUAACCUAAGACAUUAGAGAUUUUGUACAUUACGCUUAGAAAAGAUCUUUAUGUAAUACAUAGAAACCUCCAAAGUAAAUGUCACUGAUGGUUGAAGUCACUGCUGUGGUCUAAGUGUUUCUAAUAUCAUUUUCCGCUUGGCCACGGUUAAGUAGUAUUUCAGAGUUCAGGUGAGAUGUCACAUCAUUUUACCUGGACCUCCAUCAGCCCUCCCUGGUCAAGAGCAGCACUGACUUUAAAAGAUAGAAGCAGGGCUGGCAGUGUGGCUCAAGCGCCUGCCUAGCAAGCUUGAGGCCCUGAGUUCAAACUCCGUACCACUGAAAAUAAACAAAAAAAGGCAGAAGCAAAGAAAGAAGUAAUGCAGUACCCGUUAGCAUUUCUGAGGGAAGGGGAUAAACUGUAGGUGACCCAGGUAGCUGAAUCAUCCUUUGAAAUUGUAGGCGAUCCAUCUGUGUGUUUCAGUGGGGCAGAGGUAAAUGUGUUGUGGCCUUUGCUUCCUUAAGCUGGUAAACUCCUUAAAGUAGGAAUUACGUCAGUGUUUCUCAUCACUAUAAAUUUUGGAAUGGUUCUGUUCAACAAGCCUUCCCCAUCUUUCUAUCUUUUCUUUCAACAAUGAAGAAAACCCACCAACAAACUAUGUAAAUGACUUUGUAACUUCCCAGA